CAGCUUGUCACAUGGUACAAGGCUGUUGUGAAUAGCCUUGUAUCAUGUGAUUUCUGUGAUCAUUCACAGAUUUCACUAGUAGUAAGCAAUGAUGUCAGAAGUGACAUCUUGCUUACUACUAUUCAUGUGAUCACUGAUUGGCCAAUCAGUGAUCACAUGAAGAGUAGUAAGCAAGAGGUCACUUCUGACAUCAUUGCUUACUAUGUGUGAAAUCUGUGAAUGAUCACAGAGGUCACAUAGUACAAGGCUAUUCACAACAGCCUUGUACCAUGUGAAAAGCUGUGACCAAUCACAGCUCACACAGUAUUUCUCAAUGGCUGCAAGAAUGCAGCCAGAGAGGAGAAAUGAUUGCUUUUACAGCCUAUAUGGGUGUAAAAAAAAAAAAAAAAAAAAAA